GAAGAUUUGGGGGAGCCAGGGAUAUGGAAGGAGAAAUUUUAACAACUUUUUUGUCUGUUAUCUGCCAGGUUAAAUGAGGUGUCAGUGGAGCUAAAGUUUUGAACAUUUUGAAUUAAACCCCUCCUUCUCUUCUAGACUCAGUGUUAGACAGUGAUGAGGUUAUCUAGUGUGCACAGUCUUCCAGGAGAGAAGCAAACAGAGAUUGAGAAAGAGAAGAUGCAAUUUCAAUUUGAGCGACUGCACCGGUUCUUGGAAAAACAAGAGCGUCUCUUUCUGGCUUGGUUGGAAUAGCUGGAGAGAGACAUAGAGACCAGGAAGGAUGAAAGUAUCACACAGCUCUCAGAGAAGCUUUCCUGUCUUGAUGCUCUGCUCAGGGAACUGGAGGAGAAAUGUGAGGAGCCAGCAAUGGGAUUUCUGGAGGAUGCCAGAAGCACCUUGAACAGAUGUGAGACAGAGAGAGCCUGGCCCUCAGCACUUGCUCGUCCUGAAACAAACUGGAGGAUUUGGUUAUUUUCUCAAGAUAUUACUUUUCUACAGGAGGCUCUGGAGAAACUGCAAGUGUGCUUAUUGCCUGACCCAAAGGUGGACAGAGUGAGCGUGACUCUGGAUCCCGACACAGCGUUUUCUUGGCUCCGUCUGUCUCCAGAUCGAACAAGUGUAAACUGGGAAGUAACACAGCAGGAGGUGCCUGACAGCCCUGAGAGAUUUGAUGCUGCGCCUUGCGUACUGGGCUGCGAAGGCUUCACUUGGGGAGACAUUAUUGGGAGGUGGAAUUUGGGGAAUUGA